CAUCUUUGCAUAAACGCAUAGAAAGAGGAAGAGAGGGUAUUGGUAAGCCAUGGCUAGUUGUAACAUGGCAUCAGUAGCAUCUGGAUUUGUUUUCACAUCUAACCUCACCUCCACAACAAACCCAUCUUCACGGAACUCAGUCUCCUUUCCUUCUAAGAACAACUCAAGGCUAGUUGUACGUGCCUCUGAAGAGGCCACCACCGCCACUCCCCCCAAGGAAGGUGGAGCUCCGCCGCCUAAGCCUCCUCCGAUUGGACCCAAGAGAGGCUCCAAGGUGAAGAUUCUUAGGAAAGAAUCCUAUUGGUACAAUGGCAUUGGAUCUGUUGUAGCUGUUGAUCAGGAUCCAAAAACUCGAUACCCGGUCGUGGUUCGGUUCAACAAAGUCAAUUACGCCAAUGUAUCUACUAACAACUAUGCAUUGGAUGAGAUCCAGGAAGUGAAAUGAGAAAGAAGGCUUCAUGCAUCCUUAGUUUGUACUUGUAAUAUUCUUCUGUUACUGUGCUAGCAUUUGUGUCCACAGAUCUCUGUAAUACUCCUCUAUGCUAUUUCUUUACUUCUAUUCCUACUUAAUUGUGGUUAUAAAUUUAUAAUUGCUCGGAGUCCA